AUGUCUACAUUAACUAAAGCAAAUUUUUUGAAGCUUUAUAAGGAUUUGGUUAAAACUUCUCUUGGUUUUCCUCAAUAUAAUUAUAGAAAAUUUUUUGUCCGCCGUAUAAGGGAUCAUUUUGAGGCUCACAAAAACGAGACUGAUCCUAUAAAACUUGAUGCUUUUUAUCAGGAAGGUAGUAAAACACUUGAAGUACUUAAUAGACAAAAAAAUAAAUAA